AUGUCGCUCACCGCUGAUCCACCUUCGGCUACCGUUGCGGCUUCUGGUGGAACAUUAACACACAACCUCGUCAACUCUGGUACUGAGAAGAUGAUUUUUAAAGUGAAGAGUUCCAACAACACAGAGUAUCGUGUGAAGCCGGUGUUUGGAUUUGUCGAUGCUGGAGGAUCGGCACCACUUGAAAUAACGCGACUGGCAGGGCCACCGAAAGAAGACAAAAUGGUAGUUCAGUUUGCGCCAGCGCCUGCGGACGCUACUGAUGCAGCCGCUGCAUUUGCGUCCGUGACGCCAAGUGGGAACGUGACAAUACCAAUUUCUGCCACAUAA